GCUGCAUCCGGUUGCGUUCUUGCACAGAAGUUUGUUGUUUUUUCUUUUUCUGCGGCUUUCUUUCCCGCUAACCUAUCUCAGAGAAUGAACCUAGUUACGUUAGACACCUUCACGUCUCAUUUACCCACAGUGUGAAGCAUGGUGCCAUUAAAGAGAAGGAAAGUCGUCUCCCCUGGUACUGGGAAUACCGGGGAUUCUGGGAAUACUGGGAGUACUGGGAGUGGGGAUAAAGUACCAAUCAAGUUCCCUCAGUCUGUUUUAUUCCUACUGGAAAGAAAAAUGGGAGCCAGUCGAAGAGCUUUUCUCUCUCAGCUUGGUCGAAAGAAAGGAUUUCAGGUGGAGGAGUUGUUCAUUGAGAGUGUCACACAUGUGAUUUCUGAGAACAACUCUGGGGAUGAGGUCAGGACGUGGCUCGACUCGCAGGUCGGGGGUCGAGCACCUGCUCACCUUCUAGACAUCAGCUGGUACACGGAGAGCAUGCGGGCAGGACAUCCUGUUGAAAUACUGCACAGGCAUAAACUACAGGAGCAGCAGGUUAAUGAAGCAGAGGCUGUUGUGUUUAACAUACCCAGCUACGCCUGUCAGAGAAGGACCGCUCUGGACAACCACAACACCGUCCUCACUUUUGUGUCUCAGGAUGCUCUGUCGCUCCUGGCUGAAAACGCUGAGCUCAGUGACGAGGACGGGCGAGGUGUUGCGUUCCGACGGGCCGCCGCCGUGUUGAAGGCUCUCCCUGAACCGGUGACGGGCAUGACGCAGCUCAGAGGGCUUCCCUGUCUCGGAGGACAUUCACUCAGAGUCAUCAAAGACAUUUUGGAGGAUGGAGCGUCCGGUGAAGUUGAACUUACAAAAGAGUCCGAGCGGUUUAAAGCACUGAAGGUUUUAACAGGUAUUUUUGGAGUUGGAGUAAAAACAGCAGAGCGAUGGAUCCGAGAGCAGAUACACAGCCUUCAGCAGUUACAGGAUUCAGGACAAACACUCAAUCGAGCACAACAAGCAGGUCUGGAGCAUUACGAUGACCUCAACCAGCCGGUCACUAAGGCAGAGGCUGACGCCAUCGGAGAGAUUGUGAGGGAAGCUGUCAUGUCUGUGUUACCAGGGGCACAGAUUACUGUGAUUGGGGGAUUCAGGAGAGGGAAGCUGACAGGCCAUGAUGUGGACUUCCUGGUAACACACCCAGAGGAGGGACGAGAGGUUGGACUGAUGCCUAAAGUCGUCUCCUGGUUGGAAUCACAGUUUUCUGCUCUCCAGGGUUUCCUGUUGUACCAGAAAACUACAAGAAACUCUUACCUGGAGUCGAAGGACGGUCCUGCUCGGCCCGCCUCCAACAUGGAUCGCUUCGAGCGAUGUUUCUCCAUCUUUAAACUGCCCGAGGAGGAGACACGAGGAACAAAACAGACGGAGACACUGACGGAAAACACACCCGAGGACACGUGCAGCCUUGCAGCAAACUGGCAGGUUAAAGGUGGAGAACAGAUGAAACCUGCCGGACACAAAGCGUGGAGAGCUGUGAGAGUGGACCUGGUGGUCUCGCCCAUCAGCCAGUUUGCUUUUGCUCUGCUCGGCUGGACCGGAUCAAAGUUGUUUGAGAGAGAGCUACGACGCUGGGCGGGGCACGAGAAGGCCAUGUCUCUAAGCAGCCAUGCUCUGUACGAUAACAAACAGAGUAGGUAUCUGAGAGCUACGUCAGAGGAGGAGAUAUUUGCUCAUCUUGGUCUGGACUACAUUCCUCCGUCAGAGAGAAACGCCUGACCAGACCUGAUGAGCUUCCUACAGGAGGAACGAGCGAGGACCGUGUGAGGGUUACCACCUGCAGACAGGAGGGUCAGGGAAAGUUAUCAACAUUUAUUUUACCUAUAGUCGCAACAAUCGUACGUUUAAAAGUAUAAAUCAGAAUCUGGUUUGUUGCCAAGUGGGUUUUAACAGACAGGAAUUUGCUUCGGUAUUUUGGUGCAUGAAAUUGUAAAAUGUAAGAAAAGUCAAGAGUCAUAAAUAGAGAAAAGAAACAUUUACAAUAAGAUGUAUGAACAAUGAAAAAUAUGUAAAAAUAUAUCUAUUAUUUAUGAGUAAAAUGAUUUCCUGUUUAUAUUUACAGUGUAUAUAAAGAUAAAGAUGAUAUAAGAUAGAAGAUAUAAAGAUGCCAUGUAAAUAGAGUUUCUUUACAAGUUGAAAAGAGCUGGACAGUGUUUGAAAUGAAAGUCAUCUGAAAGAAUGUGCUCU